AUGAGUAGUACAUCACAAAUAUUUACAUGUGUCGCGAUAUCUCGAAUAUCGUGGCGACUGAAACAUGAGGCGGCCUGGUGCAGCACAUUCAGUUGUCUGGAAACAUCACAAACGAGAUAUUCAGCUGAGUUCCAGAUCCACAUUGUGGAUCUGUUAGGAUUCCUGGUCAUUAGGAAUGUUGAAAACGAUGGUUGGUCUUCGAAAAACUGCGCCGAUAAGACAAAACUUCAAAAACCAUGUCGCAAAGACAAUGUCCACCAACCUGCAGAUGAUCUUUUGGGUAGACCAACUGUCCCAAGACAGUCACCACACACACACACCUCCUGUAGUCCAGACAAACACCGAGUAGCCGGAUCACCACAGUAA